CACCGUAACUAGUGUAAUAUUAUUGGGAUUCUGAGAAUCGUUAAUUUAAAGCUUUGAUGUCAUCGAAAAUGCAGUCUCACAAAGAGCACGAGGGUGACGAUGGAAGAAGUCAUAGAAUUCCAAUUCAACAGUUUAAACAGAGACACGGUGAUCCAAAGAUAGUAACUUUUAGUGGCUUUAAUGCGCUGAGAGGGCUGGGGACGAAUCAUGAGUUGUACCUGGAACGUUUAUUCCGAAGAGUGGUACGAGAGGAGGUGGAACAUAAAUUCCAGGAACAUCUAUAUUCAAGUUGGUGCAGGGGAAUGGGUAAUCCGGCAAGCACAUCAAGAGCCACACCCUUGGAAUUGCGUUUCAUAAAUAAAUUGCCUGAUACAAUUUUCACCUUUUCUAACAUGACAGCAAAGGAUAAAACACCCAUUCAAAUUGCUCUCUUUGAUGUUAGAUCUCAGUCAAUCGUUAAUGUUGGUCCCCUCUCUUUUGUAAAGACAGAGAUAUGUGCCCUCGAUGGUGAGUUUGGUUUCAAUGGAAGUGGGGAUUGGACUGAAGGUGAAUUCAAUGUCAAUAUCUUGCGCGCGAGAGAGGGUAGAAGGCCAUUAUUGAAUGGAGAUAGGUUUAGUACUCUGAAAAAUGGGGUGGGUUGUAUCAAUAAAAUUAUGUUCACAGAUAACUCAAGAUGGACAAGAAGCGGAAAAUUUAGGUUGGGAGCCAAAGUUGUGCAACCAAUUUCCAGUGAAGCAAACAUCAGGGAAGCUAGAAGUGAUCCUUUUGUUGUUAAAGAUUACAGAGGAGAAUCGAACAAGAAACACUACCCUCCUUACUUGCAUGAUGAAGUUUGGCGUUUAGAGAAAAUUGCCAAAAAUGGACCUAUCCGUGAGCGGUUAUCUCUUCAUGGAAUUGACACCGUUAAGGAUCUCUUGCGGUUAUACACGACAAACCCAUCUUCGUUGUCUGAGAUUGCCAAAAUUUCCAAGACUUCAUGGGAACAUAUUAUUAAACAUGCUAAGACAUGUUUAAUAGACGAUGUCAAGCUUUACGUCUACCGCACAGCUGAGCAAUCGAUGGGCUUGCUUUUCAAUUGCAUCUACGUUCUUGUAGGUGUGACAUUUGAUGAUCAAAGUUAUCGUUCUUUUGAUUCUCUCACCCCCAAAGAGAAGCAUUUGGUGGAAAUAUUGAAGCGUCAAGCUUACAAAAAUGUGGACAAUUUCAAACUAAUUGAUGAGACAUCAUUGAGCUGCUUAAGACCAUUGGAAUGUCUAGGAGCCGGGCAGUCUCAUGGAACAGGGCUAGGUCUUCAACCGUUGAAUAUCUCUACAGGACAAGAAGGUUACAAAGGAACAUGGCCAAAUUAUGCUCAACCAUAUGCCUCAACUUCAUAUACGGAUGGAGCACAUAAUUACCAACCCUUUGUUGAUCCACUUCUAGACACAAGAGAAAUGCAACCAAAUAGUUCAGUAGAGGGUGGUUUUUUCUCUAGCGGAUCGCAUUUGCCAGUUCUGAAAGAUGGUUAUUCAACGGAGAAUGACGGUUCACAUGUUCAAUUCACAAAUUGUGGUGCAACAGGGGGCCAAGAAAAUGCCUUUUACUUUGCCUCUUGUGAUGAAUUUGACAACAUGAGAGCAGACUUUUGGCAUUCUCAUUUCUUCAAUUCUACUGGGAACAUACCAAGCAAUGAAAAACCCAAAACAUUGUGGUGUAAGAUUCGGAGUGUUCUCAAGUGUGUCAUAUUAGCCAAAAGGGAUGUCGCUGCCAAAAAGAAUGCCGAGCUAUUAAACUUCUACUAUUAGACUAUUUUUGUUGUUCUUGUUUGGCUUCUCUAGCUAGAAUGCAUCUACAAGCUCCAUAGAUAUCAUACAAAUAGUUUUGCAUUUGUGUUUCUUGUAGUUUACCCACUUCAAAGUCAGAUGCAGUGUAGUAUCAACAAUGUCUUGUAUGCUUUCUGGGAUUAUCUAAACGCGGGAUUUAUUGAAAAAUUGGUCAGUGU